UAAAGUUGUUUGCCCUUCAACGUUCGAUUCUUAUACAUGCAGAUACUGAACAUAGAAUAUUAUUUAAGGCACCUCUUUCGUUUGUGUAGUUGUGGUGAUGAUUCGUUCGACGGCUGUCAACUUUAUAAAAAGUUGCCAUAAAACUGUCCCAUAUAUUUAUUUUAAGCCAUGUGCAAACCAUUCUACUAAUCCGGACUAUGUAAAUGCAACCGAGCCUUACGAAGUAUUCAGAUCCCGUUUCGUGAAUGCAUUUGAUGAUCCAAAAAUUGACGGUUGGGGGGCUAGAUCAUGGAUGCAGAAACUUCAUCUAGAAGAUGCCGUUCCGCCCCCAGAAGUAGUGAUUAGUGGCCUUAAGGCUUGUAGACGCAUCAACGACAUCGCUCUGGCUAUAAGGUUUAUUGAAUCUGUGAAGUUUAAGUGCCACGUUGCCAAAGGUGCUUGGGAGUGGCUUCAAAAAGAGAUUGAACCCACAAUGAAACAACUCGGUUUGCCAACUUUAGGACAACUUGGAUAUGACGAACCUGAGUUGGCUCUAAUUGACUAUGACGAUUAAUAGCAUUGUAUAAUCCAGAGAAAAAUACAUAAAGUUGUUCUGUUGGAACUAUUAUCCCUUUAUCACACAUGAUAGCUGAUGUGGUUCUGAUCUGUUACUAAAUUCAACAUGACCAUUUCUAACAUUUCAGUCAAUGGGUAGUAAAUAGUGAGUUUUAGCUCCUACCGACCAAAUACACUCCUGCUCGCAAGU